AUGGUCUCAGUCGCGUCAAAUGUCUUGGGAACUAUAGGCACAGUUCUAUGGUGUAUCCAAUUGGUUCCUCAAUGCAUCGAUAAUUAUAGAAAGAAGGAUUGUGAGGGCCUGCCUCCACUAAUGCUCUUCAUCUGGGCUUGCUGUGGUGUGCCGUUUUCCAUAUACCUCGUUUCCAGCAACUCCAACAUUCCCGUUCAAGUUCAACCUCAGGUUUUCACGUUGCUAUGUCUUUUCACAUGGGCACAAACGCUUUACUAUCCACCAGUGAAAUUUCCAAUGAAAAAGGUGGCUCUAUAUUUGUCGCUGUUCCUGGGUGUGGCAAUUGCAUUGGAGGUUGGCUUUAUUAUUCCGUUGAGAAAUCUUUACGUCCACCACGGUGUGCAUUGGCCUGUAUUGAUUUUUGGAAUCAUUGCCGCAAUUGCGCAGCCUGUAGGACUUUUUCCACCAAUCUAUGAAGCCUAUAAGCGCAAAGGCAGGGUUGUGGGCAUCAACUUCGGGUUCCUGGCCAUUGAUCUGGGCGGGGCCUUCUUCUCAUUGGCGUCGCUGGCUGUCGCCAAAAAAGUCGAUUUAAUGGGGUCUAUUCUUUACUCGAUCGUUGCCGCGCUCGAGUUAUCUCUUGUUAUAUCGCAUUUCAUAUGGUGGAUCCGCGUUGGCCGUAAUUCACCAGAUGAGGAUGAGGCAGUUGAGGACCCCGACACGGAGGAGCUUCAGGCUGAAGCGACGUUUGUGGAUGCGGAGACAGGUAUUUUAGAUGCAGAGACCGGUUCACAGGAAAAAGUGGCUGAGAAGGUAGUUGUUGCUGAGGUGUAA